AGUCUUCAUACUUCAACCCGGCAAACAACAUACAUCAACUCAACCCCGAAUCAUCAAAGCUACCCGCAAACAUGAAGUUCACCGCCGCCAUUUCUUUCCUCUUCGCCGCCGCCGUCUCUGCCCAGACCUGCAGCGGCAGCGAGCUACAGGUCUGCGUCGGCAACCGGAUCAAGUUCUGCAACCUCGCCAAGAACAACAUCUUUGAUUUCAUGGACUGCAGCCCCCGGAGAUGUGUCGAUGUUACUGGAGGGGCGAACUGCCAAUAAGUUGGCGUCGGUGCUUUGGUGAAAGUAAUAGUGACUUUUAACCAUGACCAAGAAAUCAAAUAAAAACAAGGUCGCAGCGUCAC